AUAUAUGUUAUGUAUAAGUGAUAAUUGAAAAUCUUAGUAAACUACAAAAUAAUUGCAUAUUAAUGUCAUUGACUAUUUGAGAGGCAGCGCCUGCGACUAUAAUAUGCGCAAUUAAUUUUGUAUACUAAGUGAUAGUUGUGUGCCAGCGUGUCGAUUAAACAAUAACAUUUCAUAAAGUUGCAAGUUUGUGUAUUACAAUGAAUGCCAGGGUACAAAACACAAAAAAAUGCGCUGGAUGUGCACGUGAUAUGUCUACUCCGGAGCAUCUAAAAUGUAAUACAUGUUCUUUAAAAUAUCACUUUGAGUGUGUUAGUACCACGGCUAAGAAAUUCAAAAGUGUUUCGUCAGACUUCAAAAACUCCUGGGUCUGCUCUGCGUGUCGCCCUAAGCUGCCGAAAGCUGACAGUUCUAUAUCUUUGACACGGACUGUGGGCUUCGAUACCAGCCAGGAUAACACCACAUCAAACGUCACUGUGCGACGCAAUAAAAAUGAUACCACCAUAAAUACUGCGGAUAGCCUUACGUUAGAGAAUGUUAAGGCUAUGAUGCAAGAAACAAUGGACGGCCUUCUGAGCAAUAUGGAGAUAAGGAUGACGAAGAUAAUUGAAGAAAAGUACAAGGAGAUAUUUAAGGAAUUCAACGAAAUGAAAGAAUCAAUCACUAACUUAAAAACUGAAUAUGCUGACAUGAAAAGAGAAAACGAAAUGUUGAGAAGCACAGUUAAAGACUUGGGUAAUCGCUUAAAUAUUUUCGAACAGUACUCCAGGAGGAGUAACGUAGAAAUUCAAUGUAUACCUGAGCACAAAACGGAAAAUCUGAUAAACGUUGUUACUCAAAUCUCUAAGGCGGUUGGUAACAAUCUGGUCGAGAGUGAUAUAAUCAAGUGCACAAGAAUUGCCAAAAUGAACCCAGAAAGCAAGCGUCCUCGCUCUGUGGUGGUUACUUUUUCAAAUCCCCGGAAUAGGGAUGCGUUCCUUGCAAGUGUAAUGCAGUACAACAAGAAGCACCGUAACGAUAAAUUGAACACCAGUCACAUCGGUUACGGAGGUGAUAGGAACCCAAUAUAUGUGCUCGAACACUUAGCCCCAGAGGUGAAGAAACUUCACGCCCUUACCAGAGAAGCCGCAAAGAGACUAAAUUUCAAAUUUGUGUGGAUUAAAAAUAGUCGAAUAUUCAUGAGAAAAUCGGAGACAUCAGAGCACAUAACUAUCCGCGAAGCUGACCAGUUAAAGUCACUUACAUAAUUACUUUGAUUCUAUUUAC